GCACUGACGUCAAUGACUCAUUAGCCGAUAGUGAUAGAUCUACUGAGCCACAUGUGGAGAACGAAGAGCUGUAGAUCUACUGCAUGCAGUGAACGACUCCGCUAUUCGAGCGAAAGCAGCAAAAUAAUUUUUGUUUGCAUCCUGUCCUGUCGGCAAAUGUUACGGUGCGUUCGUGGACGCAGCUUGCUAGUCGUGCAGACCAAACUUCCGUUACCAGAUGUUCAGGUGUGCGGGGAGCUUCCAUUUCUAGCCAGGCAAAUCCGUCAUAGUCGGCAACCUCUAUCACAUUCGUUUUCCUGUGCGAGAGCGGAUUCGUAUUCCUCCCCGGUUCCAGCGAAGAGUCUGGGAAAGGCGACGAGUUGGUCUUCGGAAACGUUAGAGGACUUCUUGACAUGGGUGGGCACUCACGAAGAAGAGCUGAACAUGCUCUGUCGCUAGCAGUGUUAUCAAUAUUGACAUUGAUGUUUGAACAAGGGCAAUCUACGAUUACAGCUCCUCCAACAAUCUCCUUCAUCAGCAACUCUACAACGGUUGUGUCAACAUCCUUCACAGUUGGAUCGCUAGCGUUGUUUUGCCGAGGAUCAGGCGAAGGGCCACUCACGUAUGCCUGGUCUAGGGACGGAGUUGUUCUACAAGCCGCCAGUGGCACACAUGGUUGGACAUACCGGUUUUCUGGCAAUCUCUCUGCAGCUGACUCUGGAAUAUACACCUGCACAGUUCACAGUCCGCACGGCCAGUCUUCGAAACAACUCCGUCUAAACGUACUUGAUAGUCCUAGAUUCUUGGUGAACCCGCAUGCACUGCUCAUGCUUGUGCCUAACACACUGACGGCCACUACAGCUUCUUUUCGCCUCACUCCACCAUCAUCAACUGGCAAUUCACCAAUAACAAGUUAUGAAGUCACUUGUAGACCUGAUAUGGAGUACAGAUCGUAUGUGAACGGCACUGUCCAGACGUUUUCAGGGACAAAUGUCACCGUCACUGGUCUUCAACCAGCCACCAAAUACAGUUGCUGGUAUCGCGCAGAGAAUGCAAUUGGUAUCAGCUCUCCUACUCCAAGCCUUCAAUUCCAGACUCUUGAGCUGCGACCUACCAGGCUGGAAAACCUAACUGUCGUCUCUAAUUCACCUGGAUAUCUUUUGAUUUCAUUCCGACCAAUGUCGCCAAGCCUCCAGCAUGGCAAUGUUACUGGAUACGAUGUUGCAUUCAAUGCAACCCAAUGCAGUACAGCGGAGCAAUGUCCGUGUCCAUGGUACAACUGCUCACUGCAUGGGACGGCCACUUUUGAUGCACGGUGGGUCGGCAGCUCUAUAUCCUUGUCUAGUUUGCGUCACUUCACAUCGUACCAAAUCUCAGUUGCUGCAAGCAACAGGGCCGGGGUUGGUGAGAAGGCUGUGAUCACCUUCAGGCCUAAAGAACUCGUGCCGGGUCCUGUGAGGAAUAUUACCGCUAGGAGAACAUCAACCUCUGAAGUACUGACACAAUGGCAGGCCCCAGAGAAACCCAAUGGCGAUAUCCAGUAUUAUCAACUUGGGUACAGCGUCAUAAGUUAUCAGUACACUAUAUUGCGAAGAGACGAGAUCAACAUCAGCGCAGCUGAGUCACAGUAUACCAUUGCUGGGCAGCCGAAGAACAGCAUGGUUCUAAUCAUAUUAUGUGCUGUGAAUUCAGCUGGUACUGGACCUCGUGUUGCGACACACGUUACUAGCAAAAGAACAGAACAACAGCAAGCGUAUCCACCAAACAGCUCACAACCUACAACAGAUCUCUUCUGCUCUAUGCCAACGGAUGCUGACUGGACUUCACGAGUCGCAAAUUCGUUCAGCUCUGAAACCAUCGAUAUGAUGAGAGAAGGCUUUGAGGCAAAUUCCCACGUGAAUUUCGCCUGUCGGGAAGGAUUGUAUGUAUCUGGAAAUGUAACUCUGCGGAAUCAAAUGAUCAACUGCAUGGACAAUGGAGAGUGGAGCGACAAGAUCGCCGCAUGUACAAGUGCACAUACAGGUGUGAACAUUGCAGAAUCUUCAGCAAAGAAAUCGCUAUCAUCACCUGCAAAUGCGGAAUCUGUUGACGGAGAUCAAGAAUCAUUAGCAUCAUCAUCAAAAUGGACAAUUGCUGCAUACGUUCUCGGAAGCGCCACAGCCCUCAGCCUUGCCGUCAUGUUUGUAGGUCUUGUGCUUUGGUGCAAAUAUUUGAAACGCACAUACUUUCUUUGACUCCACCAUCAGCUCAAACGCAAUGGAAGGGACUUAACUGGAAUGUCAUGUCACAGACUGGUUCCGAAUGGGGAAGACCAUACGUUUUCAGGUGUUCGUGUGUGUGUGUGUGUAUAUGUGUGUGUGUGUGUGUGUGUGUGUGUGUGUGUGUGUGUGUGUGUGUGUGUGUGUGUGUGUGUGUGUGUGUGUGUGUGUGUGUGUGUGUGUGUGUGUGUGUGUGUGUGUGUGUGUGUGUGUGUGUGUGUGUGUGUGUGUGUGUGUGUGUGUGUGUGUGUGUGUGUGUGUGUGUGUGUGUGUGUGUGUGUGUGAUAGGUAGUUCGG